AUGCCAGUCCUCCACCAAUGGGACUAUCUCUUCGCCUUUGGUUGCAUCUUUGCCGCUCUAGACGCUUACAACAUUGGCGCGAACGACGUUGCCAACUCGUUCGCAACCUCCAUCUCCUCCCGCUCCCUGACCCUUCGUCAAGCCACAUGCCUCGCCGCCAUCUGUGAGUUCCUCGGCGCUGUGCUCGCAGGCGCCCAAGUCGCGGGUACGAUCAAAAAUGGUAUCAUCUCCAUGUCUGCAUUCAAGAAUAAUGCCGGAAUGGAGCUUUUGGGAUUCGUCUGUGCGCUCGUGGCGAGUGCUACCUGGCUCAUGAUCGCUACCCGCAAAUCAUGGCCAGUCUCCACAACCUACUCGAUCGUCUCCGCCCUAGCCGGUGUCGGAGUAGCCCUCGACGGACCCGGUGUCGUCCAGUGGGGCUGGAACGGCGGUAAAGGUCUCGCCACCAUCUUUGCGGGGUUCGUCAUCGCCCCCGCUAUCUCUGCCGGGUUCGGUGCGACGGUGUAUCUGUUGACAAAGUAUGCGGUUUUGAAGCGGAAAGAUCCUGUGCGGGCGGGGUUGAGGGCGGCGCCGGUCUACUUUUUCGGGGUGGCUGCUAUAUUGACCAUGUCCAUUGUGUAUAAGGGCGCUCCCCAGCUCAAACUCAACAAGUUGCCUCAAACGACCAUUGCCCUUGCCAUCGUGCUCACCGGUCUCGUCAUCGCCGCACUCGCCAUCCUCUUCUGGAUGCCAUUCGUCCACGCCAAGGUCAUCAAGAAAGACUACACUUUAAGGUGGUACCACUUUUUCUACGGCCCGGCGCUUUGGUGGCGAGCUGCGCCGCCUGCCCCUCCUUCGGGACAAGAGAUGGCACAUGUGCCCGACUAUCGAGUGUAUGACCGAGACGACGAACUCCCCGCCGAGGGCACCAACGCUACCACCUCUCCCGAGGCUGCUCGCCCCACUUCCGUUACCCUUUCCGACAAUGAUCACACUUCUUCGCCUAAUGGCGAAAAGUCCAUCUCUCAAGAUAAGGAGCGCGAUCUUGAGGCGAAUGCAGCGCCGCUUGCAAGCGGGAAGAAGGUGUAUGGGAGUAAGCUUGAGGAGUUGGAGGCGGAUGAGCACAAGUUGGAGGGCAACUUGUUGUCGCCCAAGAAUCUUUGGAUCUUGUUUAGGUACAGGCUGCCUCGAGCUCUUUUGCACGGCACUUCUGUCGACAUCCACGCGAUGCAAUCCCACAAAGGCCAAGGCAAACACUCCGACCGCAUGAUGGCCAUGUACGCUCACGCCGCGCAAUACGACAACGAAACCGAACACCUCUUCUCCUUUAUGCAAGUCAUGACCGCCUGCACCAACUCGUUUGCGCACGGCUCGAACGACCUCGCCAACGCGGUCGGGCCGUUCGCGGCUAUCUACUAUGUUUGGUCGGAGGGGGUGGUGACGCCGAAAGAGACAGAUACGCCGACUUGGAUCUUUGUGGCGGGUGGGUUGAUGUUGGUGUUGGGGUUGGCGACUUAUGGUUAUAAUAUCAUGGCUGUGCUCGGUAACCGUCUCACCAUGCACUCGCCGUCGCGAGGCUUCUCCAUGGAACUAGGCUCUUCCAUCACCGUCCUCCUCGCUUCCCAAUACGGUAUCCCGGUAUCCACCACCAUGUGCAUCACAGGCGCCACCGCGGGCGUCGGUAUCGUCUCGGGCGGCGUCAAGUCGCUCAACUGGCGUGCUUUCGGGUGGAUCUUUUUGGGGUGGGUGCUGACUGUACCUAUUGCUGGUACGGCGGCAGGGUGUUUGUGUGGGAUUAUCAUGAAUGCGCCGAGGUUCUAG